AUGUGUCGGACGAUGUUUACGUCACCAUAUCUACGAAAUGAUCUAGGAUCGUCUUCAUUUGCACCCAACUAUGCGUUUUACAAUGCGUUCCCUGACACUUUAGGCAAGGAGAUAUCUACCAAGAUUAUAUCCAGUCCUGGUGAUGAAACACAAACGAUUAAAAUAUCUCAGAUUAUUGAUAAUCCAAGCCCAACCACAGCACCAACAGAAGCUUUGACAAUUUCACGCCAAAAGCCAAAACCAAGAAAUAUCAUAAGCAUAGCUGAUUACUUUUCUGGAAACUCCCAUCAUUUACAUCAUGUGUUCUAUUCAAACCUCAUACAUGCAAAGACCAAGAAAGCAGCCAAAAUUGAAAAUAAAAAAUUUGUUGAUUUGAAAAUCAUGAAAUUGACAAGUGGUUCUGGAGGUAAUGGAGCUGUGUCAUUUUUCCGUGACAAUUUAACAACUUCUGGUCCACCUGAUGGUGGUGAUGGCGGCUGUGGGGGCAACAUCUACAUAAACGUUGUUGAUCGUAAUUUAAACUCGUUACAUUAUUUGCAGAAAAGAUAUGUUGCCAAACUGGGCGCGCCAGGUAAAGGGGGACAAUUAGAUGGUAAAAAUGGGGAUGACGUGAUUAUUGAUAUACCAUUGGGUACUGUAAUCCGGUGGAUCCCUGAUCCGACAAUAUUCAAGAAAUACAUAUCAAAAAAAGAAGGGGAUUCCUUAGACGAUGUGUAUAUGGAACUUGAGUUGGAUAUGGCUUAUGGCAAGGAGAAUGUACAAUUAGAUCGACAUGGGUAUAAGCCAGGUGAUGGAUGGAUUUUUAAAGAGCAUGAUAAGGAGUACUACCAACUGCGUGAUUUCUUUCAGGAAUUGGAUGAUAAAGUGAUCAAGUAUGAUGAAGAGAUGGAGUUUGAGGAACAACAACAAGAUCAAUUUCCAAUUCUUGGUAUGGAUUGUGAUAAAGUAACGACCAAACCUCUUUUGCUUUUGAAUGGAGGGAAAGGCGGGUUAGGCAACAUGCAUUUCUUAACUUCAAAUGUGCGUAAUCCUCGGUUCUGCAAAGUUGGUCGUUCAGGAAUCACGGCUCAUUUUCUUCUUGAAUUGAAGCUUAUUGCUGAUUUGGGGCUUGUUGGGUUACCAAAUGCCGGAAAGUCAAGUCUAUUACGGGCCAUCUCGCGAGCCAAGCCCCGUGUAGGGCAUUGGGAGUUUACUACUUUACAACCGACUAUUGGUACUAUUCGGCAUAGAAUUGAUUCUGACCCAUUCACUGUGGCUGAUAUUCCCGGAAUAAUUAAGGGUGCUUCGGAGAAUAAAGGUAUGGGGUUAGAUUUCCUUCGUCAUAUUGAACGAUCUGGUGGGUUAGUUUUUGUUGUUUCUUUGGAAUCAACUAAUCCAGUUGACGAUUUACAGACUUUAAUUAACGAAGUUGGGCCAACACGAAUGAAGGAUAAAAAAGUGUUAGUUGUUGCUACCAAAGCUGAUUUGAGUAAUGAAGGUGAAAAUUAUCAAACUUUGAAACAGUUUAUAGAAACGACACAUGGUGGACUGUGGAAAAUUGUUCCGGUUUGUGCACCAAGAGGAGAAAAUAUCGACCAGUGUUUAGAGUUGAUGAGUGAAAUUGCUACACAUGUGAGGUGA